GGACAGGGGCUGUGUGGGAGUAGUUUUGCUAGAACAGCCGUCAAAGACUGACAUUGUCAGAGAAAGAGAGAACACCUGCAGAUACGAUGCUGUUCCUGCAACUUUUGUUGUUCGUGGUUCUCCUCCCAGGUGGUGGCAGUGAAGAUGAUUUCCAGUUGCCGAUCUCCAUUCGAAUGAUCCUGACCUCAUCCUUCUACAACCGUUCUCGGACGCAAAAUCAAGGCUCAGCUUGGCUGGACGAGCUGCAGACUCAUGGCUGGGACAGCAAGACUGGCGCUUUCACUUACCUGCAGCCUUGGUCCAAGGGCAACUUCAGCAACAAGGAGCUGAAGGAACAGGAAAGGUCCUUGCAUAUAUUCUCCACUGGAUUUCCUCCGAUAUUUCAUAACCAUGUCCGCCAAUGGCAGCUUGAAUGUGAGUUCCGAUUCCUAUGGGCAGAUUCUUUUCAGAUACAGGUAGUCAAAGGCUGUGAGCUGCGUUUUGGGAAAACAUUAGAAUGCUACCUGAGGAUUGCUUAUCAAGGAUCAGAUCUUGUGAACUUCCAGAACAUGACAUGGCAGCCAUCUCCAAAGGGAGGAAGUAGGGCUCAGCAGAUCUGCAAACUAUUCAAUCAGUACUACGUGGUUAUCAAUGACAUCCUCCCACGUUUCUUCUUGGGUCUUCUUGAUGCAGGGAAAGCAUAUCUCCUGCGGCAAGUGAGGCCAGAGGUCUGGCUGUCCGCUCACCCCAGUCCGGGUCCCGGCCGUCUGCUGCUGGUGUGCCACGUCUCUGGCUUCUACCCCAAGCCCGUGUGGGUGAUGUGGAUGAGGGGUCAGCAGGAGCAACGGGGCACCCAGCGAGGCGACGUCCUGCCCCAUGCUGAUGGGACGUGGUAUCUCCGAGUGACCCUGGACGUGGUGGCCCGGGAGGCAGCUGACCUGUCCUGCCGAGUGAGACACAGCAGUCUAGGAGGCCAGGACAUGGUCCUCUACUGGGAGCAGCCCCACUCCAUGGGCUUGGUCUUCCUGGCGGUGAUAGUGCCCCUGGUGCUUCUGGCAGGUCUGGCGCUGUGGCUCUGGAGGUGCUGGAAAACACGGUGGAGUCCUCAGUGCAGUGUCACCCCUUGGAGUGAGAUCCCAGCAUCCCAAGCUCCAGUACUUACCUAAACCCAGCUCAGUGGUGAUGUCCUUUUAACAAUCUGUGCAACUUUGUCUUUCAUUUCUCCUUAAUCAUCAGUUGUCUAUAUACGCUUAGUGUAAUUUAGCUUUNUUUU